AUGGACUCUGCCACUGUCCGAAAUGGAGAUCAUUUAGCUAGCGGACAGCCUGUGUCGUCAGCGCCAGUGGAGAAUCCCCGAUGGGCACUGCCGAACGGGGACGUGGUGAGAGGGCCCAAAGUGCCCCAAAAACAAAGGAAGCAACAUCAAUCUCCAGCAAUGACUCCGGCAGAGCAGCCAGAGUGGAGUCAGCCAGAGGCCGAAGUCUUGCACGAUAACUUCAUCAAAUUGCUGUCAGAUGCAGGCGUCGAGGAAGAAAAAGACGUUUUGGAGGCCAUCUAUGGUGCAGAGUUUGAGAUCCUAGGAGCUGCAGAGUGGAGGAUCCGUUUUCCAUCGCCGCAUGAUUCAGCUUUGCGGUUGCUGCUACCGGCUGGCUAUCCAUGUACAGAGCCACCGGUGCCAAUUUUCGAUUGUGAAGGAGCAUCUGAGCCUUUACGACAUGCAGCCGCGGAUGCUAUUUGCGAACUCACUGAGAAUUGGGAACCACCUAUGGAAGGAGAAGGUUGUAUUUACCAGUGGGUGGAGCGGCUGCGAGAGUGUCUCGAGCCAGCUCUUGCAUUGGAGGUUGCACAAAGGGAAGAGUCAGAUGAAAGUUAUGCAGUGGCACUGCAAGCCCAAGAAGCUUACACAGAGGCUUCUGCCAGCAGUAAGGGGUUCACCUUCUUGCCAGCCAAUCCGCAGUAUGGACAGAGAAGGCGGACCUUUGACGACACUGCCUUCGAAGCUGCGAAUGCUGUCGACAUCAAACGGGGCGAGCCGUUCACAGACCGAAAGUCUACUUUCCAGGCCUUCGCCGCAAAGGUGUCCAAUCAAGGUCAAGUGAAUUGGGCCUUGCGGAUGUUGCUGGAAGACAGAAAAAUUGCCGUGGCUACUCACAAUAUGUUCGCUUACAGGUUUCGCGACGAGGUGCGUGGCAUCCAGGUUGCGGACAAUGAGGACGACGGCGAGGAUGGUGCCGGAUCAAAGCUGGCAGAACUCCUCCAGCUCGCUGAUUGUGAGGAUGUCUUCGUCAUGGUGAGUCGCUGGUAUGGUGGCAUCCAUUUAGGCUCCGACCGCUUCAAACACAUCAGCCGCGCUGCUUCAUCUCUUCUAGAUGAGCAUGGCUGGAGUGGACGGAGUCAAGGCCGCGGUGCACCAAAGAAAAAGAAGUGAGC